GAAAAAUGUCGCUACGCGUAAGCUUGGAAAUAUGAAAAUGUUCGUCGUCUCGUAGACAACUUUCACGGGUUAAAGCUUUGUAUUUCCCGGUUUUUGUUGGACGAUAUCUAGGUCAGUAAAUCCAGUGGUAAAUCUGAAAGGAAAAAGUGAUGGUUAUGAACAACGAAUCGCAAAAAACAGGAUCGCCAACGCAAGCACGACAACUUGCCGAAAGCGACGACAUUGCAAGUAGUUUAGUGUUGGACUCUAUGCUUGGCUUUACCACUCACAAAAUGGCAGCACGAUUUCGGCCUCUUAAAGUCGAUCAAGAAGUGGUGAAGAAGGCGCUUGAAAGAUAUCGUCAGGAUUGGGAUUUGGAACAAGCCUACAACGAAAUCGUCUUCAACGCCGGGGAUUGGGGAAGAUGUUACUUCAUCACUAAAUCUAAACCUCAAAUUGCGGCUUUCAAAGAACAUGUAAGUGGAAGAGACUUUUAAUCAAAGUAGCAUAUUAAAACCGUCAAAUUCGCUUUAGAUUUGGAUGUUUAAAGGAGUGUAAGACACUAAGAACAACUGUCAAACUUGCGAUACGCUCUUCGCAUUCAAUCUUCCCGUCUAAGCGCGUGUUCGUCAUUGUGCGACGAUCUUUGGUCAAAAGUUUUGUGCGUUCCUAAUUAAUUUAUGCGAAAUCGGUUCUACAGAUUAUUUCAAGGCUCAGUGUAGAUUUUUUAACUGUCUUUAUAUAUAUAUUUUUGUAGUUUUAUAUUCGUCCUCUCCCUUUCUCAAGUAUGUUUUUCUGAAUUUUAAGAAUUUCGCUUUCCACAUCCCUCCCACUUCCGUAGCCAUAAUGGUAGUUGGGAUUAGUAUAAUGACGUAAUAAUUUCGCUGUGAUGCAGAUCGACGGUUUCACCAUUUGCUAAUUACUUCCUGUUAGGGCAGUACAUCGUAUUCGAUAUCUAAGCUUUAAUACCUCUGCCAAAUUUUCAUAGUGAGCAAAUGUUGGGAUAAAUUUUUGUACAGUAUACACCUGACAUGUCCAACAAAAGUGGUAAGAUGUAGAUUGCACCUUGAAGUUGUUUUGCUUAAAUUUCUCUGUAGAACUCCAGGCUUGCGGUCCAAGUAAUCUUAGCAUCAGUUAUUUGAAUCUUUGUUCUCCAAAUGGAUUGAUAAAUAGCACAGUGCCAUGGAGAGUACAUUGAUGUUAUGGCAGCAUGCAAUAUUAAUCUAUUUGCCACCCAAUGAACACUUUACCAACAGUGUAACUGAUAUGAAUUUGAAAAGCAUAGAAUCAGCCAUUUCUCUCCUUCUUUGUGUUUUUUUCAACUACAAAUUGUUUUGACUUGGCUGUUUGUUAUAAGACGUACAAGCCAUGUCUUUUUGCAUCAAGGAGUCCCUUGGCAUGUACACAGAUUAAGACAUUAAGUAACUUAAACUUUUGUCAUCUUCAGUUAUCAUGUUUGAUGGUAUGAUCAGCAAAUGUUUGCUGUCAAGCUGAAGAGGGCUCUUUCAGAGUGUUUAGAAAGCACUGGAGAUUGAGAAAUUCUCAAGCUACAUUGUUUUGAAUUCUCUGAAUAAAUUUAAAUGACAUUAGUAAUUUUUUUUAUUCACAUUUGUACCACAUUAUUUAUUUUACUGUAACUAAAUUUAAAUCCUAAAAUAGUUUCCAUGCUCUUCUCUAUUUGCAUUUUGAUUAAUUGUUAUUUAACUCCAUUAGAAAUAUUUUUUAAGCAUUUCUUUGCAUCCUGCCUAUUUUUUUAAAUUUUUCGUCAGAAUUUCCCUUAUGGUUUACUUGUAGGUCUUCAGAUACAUUGGGAUAUUCAAUAAAAAUUCUGGUUACAAAGUUGUGCCUUGCAGUCGUUAUUCAGGAGAAGAUAAUGGAGCAAAAGUGGUGGCUACUUGUGAAUGGUAAGUAAGAUUCAGUAAAGGAGGAGAAGGUUAUGAUUAAAUCUUUUCUAAUUGUUUACAAAAUGUUAUUGGAGAAUUCCAGAAGCUCUUUCAUGGAAUUUUGUUCAUAAGGCUUAUGCUGUCUUGUGCAGGCUUUGAGCAACCACAUACAAUUUAUGUUACAGUAAUGAAUAUUUUGGUGGGAUUUUUGUUUAAGAUAAAUGUCAAACGUCAAAUUUAUUUCAUUUGACAAACAUGGUGUAAUACUUGAAAGAGAUGGCUGGCUCAAAUUAUCUCAAGGUUAACAUCAUUUCCAUGAAUCCCUCAAAAUUUUUUACGGUCAGGAUGUAGAUGCUAUUCUUGAAACAGCAGCUGUUAGAAUUUCCCCACCACACCCUAAAAUCAGUAAUAUGCAAGUUCUUCAUACUGUUGUCUAACAUUUCCCAUGAUACUUUCAAGGAGAAUUUGUCUAACAAAAAGAGCCUUUUAUCAGUUUGUGAUCAUUUCCUUUAUUCUCAUGACCUUAAUGUUUGAUUCAGGGGUGAUAUUCAUGGGAGAAAUUUAAUGCUUAUCAUGCUAAGAGUUAAAAGCGUUAAGGUUGGGGGUCCUUAUUCUUUGCUGAUCAAUUCCUUCAUUCUCAUGACUGUUAUUCAUGAUCUUGUACAAUUUGUUUGUGGAGAUAUUUGAUGCUGUGAUCAUUCUUGUUGCUUAAAAGAUUUCAAUUUCUCCCCAGGAAUAAAGGUGACAAGCUGCCUUAUCUGUGUGGAUGCAUUGCAGAAAUGAAUGAGGAGGAGGAAAAGAAGUUACUCCGCCCAGGAGAGAAUGACUUCAGUAUCAUGUUCUCCUGUAGGAAAAAUCUAUCACAGCUUUGGCUUGGUCCUGCAGCCUACAUUAACCAUGGUAAAAACAUAUUUGUAAAUUAUAAGACAGUUUACAAAUCCUGGCAAAUGUAAAAAUUAAAAUGUAGUCAAAUUAAGCUAUUAAUUCAACUUGUGUGAGAAGCAUAUGGUAUCUGUCAUAGUAGUGUUGAAAAACUCAGCUAUUUGCAGCUACACGACCAGUAAAGUACUGCACAGUGAUGUGCUUUUUAUCCUUGACCUCUGUUUUGUACGAUGUGCAUAACAAGUGUUGGAAUUGAAAUAUGGUGCAUUUUAAGUGCUGCAUUUUAAAUUUCAUUUUAAGUGACUCAAGGAAAUGUGCUAGGACUGGUUCUUCAUUUUUGUGUCCUUUCUUUUUUUGGCCUGCACCUAGAGAAAACCAUUCACACCCUUUCUUUCUCUGUAAGGUAUUUGCUUACAACAAAGGUUAUUUUGUUCACUAUGCUGUUGUCAUGUGUAUUUUGAAUUGUAAGAGCAACUGACUGAUAAAUGGAGUUAUGUGUAAAUUUCAUGUAAAUAAUUCAACAAGUUUAAGUCUGUAACUUGUGUUUUCUUCUAUUGCAGACUGCCGUCCCAAUUGCAAGGUGAGCUUCUUUCGUGCCUCUGUAGAAUAACCCAAAGAACAUAAUACUAUGUUCUGUAACACCAUGACAGUAAACUUUUAAAUUUACAAAACUUUUACUGAACUUCUGGGAGUAUAUUGAAGAAUUUUUGUUUUAAACUGAGCUAUUUAUCGUUAGUUAGAAAGUCUAAGAAACAAGACUACCUUGAGUAAAAUUCUUUUUCAAAGGACUUCAAUUUUUGCACCAAUGUGACUCCACUUUAAAAGUUAAAUUGUGCUUUUUUUGGUCUAAUGCAUCAUCUUUUUUUUUUUUUUUUUUUUUUUUUUCUGGUAUCAGUUUGUGUCCACUGGUAGAGAAACUGCCUGUGUUAAGGUAUUACGAGACCUUGAGCCUGGAGAAGAGAUUACUUGUCACUAUGGUGAUGACUUUUUUGGUGACAAAAACUGUAACUGUGAAUGUGUGACAUGUGAGAGGUAUUUUGGCAUUUUACAUGUUUUGCACAAUUGUAUGUGGGUUAUUUGAGUUGAUCCCUGGCUAGUUGAAGGGCUCAUCUCAGCCACAAGAUUGCCUAGUGGUAUGUAGGUAGCCACACAGAAAAUUAAGAACAACAGGCUAAUUUGUAAGAUUGGUCGAAAUGGAGGAAGAUGAAAACAGAGUGUAACUGGGUUUCUUAAAAAGUUCAAGACAAUAGUUUUUCCAGGCUGAAUCUUAUUAGAUCAUAAAUUAGAGUUCCUUUGGUUUCUGGAUGGUGCGAUUUCGCUCGAAUUUCAAGCUUCAUGGCAAACAGUAGAAAUUGGACCACCAAGACAGAAAUCUUUUAACUUUUACUUGCUGGUCCAUCCCAAGGGGCAAAUGAGAUUUUCUGAUAAUUCCAAGCUGUUUAUAAAAAGUACCUAAUAUUGCUUCCAAAUUUGGCUUGCAGACGAGGUGAAGGUGCCUUCAAGUCUAAGGUUAAGACUGUUGACAAGAAACAGAAGUACAGUUUUAGAGAAACAGAUAAAAGAUUGAAGAGACUGGCACGACGAAUGACAGGUAAAUGUUGUCUGAAUGUUUACAUGACAUGUGCUUAGAUGUAUUUGCAGACCUUGGUUUUUUUAUGCUUAUUGUAAAUGAGUGUGCUGAGCUCUGGUUUUAAGAGGUUCAGGUUGGUAGAGAAGAUGUAACAUUUCAACACUUUACUUAUCUCUGUUCACAAGCACAGGUCAACAAACUGUAGUAGAAAGCUCACAAAAACCGAUUAUAUUACAGUUAGUAAUCUCUAAUUGCUCAUCAUACUCAUCAAGAGAGUCGCAAAACUUCAAAUAUUUAGUUAUGACACAACUGGAGACAGUCUAAACCCUGCAUUAUUAUUUCUGUUGACAGAGGAUUCUGUAUGUUUGAAAGCAAAUAUUUUGAUUACUGGUUGAUCAAGUUACUCUUCUUAUUCUGGAAAUUUGAUUUUGCAGGUGACCAAACAAUAACUUACCCAAGGGGUCUUUAUAAUUUAGUUGCUGUUGAGCCUGGAAAUUUACCUCUCAAGUUGCCACUUAAGUGUUUUUCAAUACAAAUUUAUUUUUUUCUUCUUUUUCUUACAGACACAUUCCUUGAUGUUGAUAAUGAUCCUUCACCAAAAGUGCUGCCACCCUCUGAGGAAGGCGAAGCGGCAAAGAAUUUUCAGGAGGAGAUUGAUUGUUUGAUUUCAGUUGACCUACACACAGUUGACAGAGCUGAUGGGGUAGACACUUCAGCUGCUAUUCCUGCUCACAAGUACUACUCUAAAACAAAUAGACCCAAACCAAGAACAAGUGUCACAAUUGGCUUGGAUGAACUGAAUGUUGGAAGGAGAAAACGAAGGAAAAAGGGCCCAAAAUUAUGCAUGCCGACAAAGCGUAAAAGAACAAGACACACUUUCGCAAGUGCAUAUGAAGAGGUCCCCCCAGACAGCAUAUGCAAGUACAUUCCUCCUGUGCGACAUGUUUCGGUAGACAGUGGUGUGGACAUUACAGACAAUGUUGAUGGUGAAUUAAUCGCAUAUGCUGAUAAAUAUAACACCAUCGUGGAUGAAGUGGAUUGUUUUUCUUCAAGAACCUUCGGAAAAUCAGUUGGUACAUACAUGUUGUCUGGGAGACAUGUGCCUGUUGAUGUCCCAGUGAACUCUUUUCCAUUGUUUAGAAAUGGUGCUAGUUAUAGAUGCCCAUGCUGCCCUUAAUCUUUUUUAUGUGUUGUUAAGUGCAGUAAUGUAUCAAAGGACUUACUCUAUCACAAUAUUCAUUCUUACUCUAAAUACAACCUACCUGAGGAUUGUAGCUUCAAUCGUGUUUUUCUAGUUCUUAAGUGGUCAAAUGAAAGACUCAGUAUGUAGUUAAAUGUGCAAUGAAUUGAAAAAACUCCAAGUUGUAUGUAAUAAAACAUGGCUCUUGCAGCUUUAAUGUUGUAAAUGAUAGACAGAGAAUGGCACUCUGCUGUUAACCCUUUAACUCCAGUGAGUGACCAAGACAGAAUUUCUCCUUACAAUAUCAAUACAGUAUCAAGCAGACAAGUGAUGAGAAAACAGAAAAAUAUCAAUUAGGUGAUUAUUAGUUGAUCCAAUACUAAAUUCUCCAAACUAAAAUCACAAGAAUUUUAUGGUAGACAGUAAGGAGAAUUACUAAUGAGAUCUUGGGAGUUAAAGGGUAAACUUCUCAAUGCCCCAAUUUUUCUACUCUAUCUCUCAACUAACAGAUCCUCUUGGCAUUACCAAAAUCUCUCUCAAUAAUCUACCAAACACAUCCAAAACAAAAAAAGAAAAAUGUAAGAAUUAGAUUAAUAUGGGAAAAAGCAAUAGCUGGAUAUUUUCAGAUUCCUUCCUGUAACUUGUCAUUUUUCGGACCUGUUAUUGUGAUAUUCUUUAGAUUUCAGUUGUUUUAUGUCCAGAUAAAGCCAUCUUUAUGACAAAAUGCGAUUUGAAAGGUUGCUUUUUUUUCAUCAAUAUUUUUUUGGUAAAGGUAAAAGGUUUGAUCAUCUUUAGAUGCACUGUAGAUCAAUCAUCUUUUCUUGAAACAACCAGUUCUUGGUGUCCAAUAUGCGUAGAACUGUAAUAACAUUAUUGUCAUUAUUAAAUUAUUAUGUAAGAAAGUAGAUAAUCUUUCAAUGACGAAUAUUUUUGGAGUGGAAUUAUAAUAGAAAGCUGAUAAUCUGAUUCAAUCUGAGUUUUAUGGUAAAAAAAAAAAAAAAGCUUUGGAUUGAUUUUACUGAGACUGUAGACUUGAAAUUUCUACAAAUUGUGGAACAUGUGCAAACAUCUCUAGGGUACCAUUAAUAAAUCUGCAUAAAUGUUAAAUUAAGGUUGAGGUACCCUCUCCAAGUUUUGAACUCUAACUUCUGGUGACAAAAGAAAAAGAAGUGAUAUGUACUGUAUGUUAAUUUACAGGGAGUACCAAGGGCUCUGCUAGUUUGUCAAUAUAAUUUUGUUUUGUUUUGUUUUUUUUAAGAAGUAUUCCAAAAUUAACUUCCAAAAAAAGUAUUCUCAGUAGGUGAGACAAUUUUUGUACACGCUACUCUUGUGAAGUAUGACAGCACGUGUUGUAGAAGUUUUUUCUGGGUCAUAAAUUAUGACAUUUUUGUAAUGUGUCAGUCACUGUAAUGAGAAAGUGGUCCCCUAGGGUAAUAUAAUAAACUGCC